UGGAGGCGGUGCAUUUGCUCUAGGCUCGGCCAGCUUCACGAGUGAUCCAUUCCCGUCUUCCGCGGCGCUAUGGACUGGGUGCUGCUCCUCCUGCUGCUGGCGCUAUGCGCGCUGCUCCUGCACGGCCUCCGGCUCUUCCUCCGGGCCGAUGCCGACCUGACCCUGCUGUGGGCCGAGUGGCGGGGCCGCCGCCCAGAACAGGAGCUGACUGGCAUGGUGGUGUGGGUGACGGGGGCCUCCAGUGGAAUUGGCGAGGAGCUGGCUUACCAGCUGUCCAAACAAGGAGCUUCUCUCGUGCUGUCAGCCAGAAGACAGCAUGAGCUGGAGAGAGUGAAGAGCAGGUGCCUGGAGAACGGCAAUGUAAAAGGAAAAGAUAUCCUCGUUCUGCCCCUGGACCUGACCGACAGGAGUUCCCAUGAGGUGGCUACCAAAACCGUCCUCCAGGAGUUUGGUAGAAUUGACAUUCUGGUCAACAAUGGAGGAAGAUCCCAACGUUCAUUGGUCAUGGAUGCCAAUAUGGAUGUCUUCAAGGAGCUAAUAGAACUUAACUACUUAGGGACAGUGUCCUUAACAAAGUGUGUUCUGCCUCACAUGAUCGAGAGGAAGCAAGGAAAGAUUGUGACUGUGAAUAGCUUUGCAGGCAUUGUAUCUGUGCCUCUUUCCAGUGGAUAUUGUGCUAGCAAACAUGCUCUUCGGGGUUUUUUUCAUAGCCUCCGAAUUGAACUUGUUGAAUAUCCAGGUAUAGUAGUUUCUAACAUUUGCCCCGGACCUGUGCAGUCACAAGUUGUGAGCAAUGCCCUAGGUGAAGAAGUCACAAAGGCUCUGGGAAAUGGUGGAGACCAGUCGUACAAGAUGGCAACUAGUCGUUGUGUGCGGCUGAUGUUAAUCACCAUGGCCAAUGAUCUGACAGAGGUUUGGAUUGCAGAGCAACCUUUUUUGUUGGUUGCGUAUUUGUGGCAAUAUAUGCCUACCUGGGCCUGGUGGAUAACCAGCAAGUUAGGAAAGAAACGGAUUGAAAAUUUUAAGAGUGGUGUGGAUGCAGACUCCUCUUAUUUUAAAUUCUUCAAGAAAAAACAUGACUAAAUGGAACACCUGCAGUUUCUAAGCUACUUGAGGGAGAAGUUUAAUAACACAACCAUAGCAAUCUGCUUAUAUUUUUGAUACAUCUUUACUUUCAGCAUGUAAUGAAUAAUAAAGAUUGUCAUGAAUCUUACAUAAAGUGAUUAAUAAUACUAUAUUGUUGAAUAAAAUAAUUGAAAAACAUUUAA